CUGAUUAAUUGGUCCAAGUUCGUGUUGUCGGGAAGCUUCUCCAGAGAUGGUUCUCGGUGCUCUCUGACUCUCUGGAGCUACCUACAGUCUGUACGUGUUUAAUUACAACCGCUCGAUGGUUUUAAGGUCUUUGUGAGGCUUCUGCCGCUGCUGGGAUGAAGGGGUUGAUUGAGGAGAUGAACGACACUGGGUACGAGUACGAGUGCUCCGUGGCUAACCGCUUCGGGGAGCUUCUGGAUGACGAGACAGAUCCUUUCGAGCUACUACAACAGGCACGGGAGCGGAGGAAGGAGGAGAAGGUGAAGACGCCCUCCGCUCCCCCUCCGACAACGGUUAAGGAGUCCCAGAGAGACAGGAAGGUUCCUCUUCGUGCAGCCGGUGACACUGCUGCGAAUAUUAAUAGGGGUAUAAUAGGCCUGACGCACCCUGUUCAUGGUCAGCCUGAGGAGAGAGCGGAGAGACGUGUUGCCUUUAAUGAACCCAGGUUCAGUGAGGGUGACAAUUUCCUGAGGUACUCCGUUGACAGGCCUAGAGAGCUUUUUGACCGAGCUGGACGUGGAGGUGGAAGGGGGCAUGGGGCUCGCGGUGCUGGGUAUCCCAGGUCCACUGAUGGCUUUGAUCCAAGGGGGAAGAGGGAGUUUGAGCGCCACAGUGGGAGCGACCGAGCGAGUGUUCGUCCUGAAGAGAAGAGGGGAGGCAAUGGACCUCGUAACUGGGGGUCCAUGAAGGAUCAUAUUAGUGCAAUGGCUGAUGCACUACCCAAUGAGGAGAUUGUUGAAAGUGAGGACGCACUGGAGACUGAUGGAGAGAACCAGCCUCUUGAGAAAGAAGUGAUUGAGGUUGCCAUGGAGAUGUCUCUGGAUGAAUGGAAGUCCAUGCAGGAGCAAAGCAGACCCAAGACGGAGUUUAACAUCAGAAAGGCAGACACGAAGUUGCCCUCCAAAGCUGUGGUGAUACACAAGUCCAAGCAUAUUGAGAAGCAUGCAGAUGGCAUCGUUGAGGAUGUAGUCUUUCGGCAUCCUGCAAAUGACAUCACCUUUCAGCUGGAGAUUGACUUUGGUAAUCUGGCCCGCCCUUCUCGAGGGGGAAGAGGUGGGCGAGGGGGUCGUGGCCGUGGCCGUGGGGUAACCGCUCCCCAAAGAUCACCUGAGAAAACUGUUGAUGUGGCUCCAAACCCAGAGGACCCAGAGGAUUUCCCUGCACUGGCCUAAUGCAGCUGCUGCAGAAAGUACCCUUUGGAGCAAAUUGGUGCCAAACCAGCAGAAGUCAUGUGAUUGCAUUGCACUGUUCUGGGUGAAAUUAAACUGCACUUGAGGUUGCUGCAAAAAGAUGUAAAUUAAAUUGAUUGUUUGCUUAUUCUCAAUGGGCUGUGUUCAAACAUUUCAGUAGGCCCUCUUGUUGUGAAUAUAGUGGCUUUCACUUAUGGAAAAUAAAGCAAGCAAAUAAAUGCA